UCAGGCCUGUGCCCCGGUGGGCCUGGAGAAGCCAGUGCUGAGGUCUUUUCCUCUUCCUUUGCACCAGGAGCACAGCCAGCUGCAGCAGCUCUCCAUGCUCCUCUUCCGGGAGGUGAUGGAAGCGACAGAGAGGAGCAAGAGCCUAAAGCCACACGUGUACCUGAGUCUGGUGCCAUUCUACUUCAACUGGCACGAUGAGAACCAGCGUGUGGCAGAGGCCUCUCGGAGAGCACUGUUUGGUGCAGCCAGGUUCCUGAAGUGGAGGGAUCUUGAGAACUUGGUGACCAUGGAGCAGCCGUGGAGGUUUCCCGAGUGCCUGCUGGAAAAGGACAGGAGCCAAGUGGGCCAGUACGUGCGCCAGGCCCUGCCGUUCCUGGAGAGCCCAGAGGAGCCCCUGCGAAAGCUGGCCAUCAAGUUUCUGGGGAUCGCCGCCAGGUCCAUGAAGCAGGAGCAGCCAGAGCUGCAGCUCAUCUGCCAGGCCCUUCAAGACAUGACUGAUGACAGCCCUGCCGUCUCAAACCUGGCCCAGGAAACGCUCCACAUCAUCAGAGCUGUACGGAGAACUUCAUUCUUCUCAUUCUGGUAGUCUCCGUUGCUGCCUCUUCCAGCCCGUAGUGGUGUGACAGAAGACAUCAGACUCGCCAUGGCAGGCCUGGCAAUUCAACACUGCUACAUGCUGAGAGCUGUCCAGAUGGCUCCCUACUGCAGAUUCCAGCAGCUCCAAGACUGGCUGUGCAGGGCGUGGAAGACCCGGCCUUUUCCGCAGGGCAGUGUCUGCCUGUGCUGCUGCAGCUCUGUGGAGAACUGAUGCAGGAAGCUCCAUCUCCUGGGGCCACCUGAGCCUGUGGGGAAGAUGCCUCUUCCCUGCAAGCACCUCCUUUGAGCCCAGCAUGGGAACAUGACCAACAUGUUAUCACGCA